AGCGCACCAAUAAAAGCCAGAAGCUCUCGUCACCACCUGUUCGACCGGAGUCAGAUUGCGCGCGCCGUCCUCCCCCACCGCCAUGGCGCCGCCGUCACGGCAUGUGGACGCGGUCGCCGCCGUUCUCCCUGUCCUCCUCACGAUCCUUCUGCCUUCCGCCGCCGCAAUCGGCGUCAACUACGGCACCAAGGGAGACAACCUGCCGCCGCCGGCCACCGUGGCGAAGUUCCUCGCGAACCGCACCCGCAUCGACCGGGUGAAGCUGUUCGACACCAACCCGGACAUCGUCAAGGCCUUCGCCGGCACGGGCAUCACGGUCAUGGUCACCGCCGGAAACGGCGACAUCCCGACGCUGGGCACCAAGGACGGCGCCGCCGCCUGGGUGGCGGCGAACAUCGCGCCGUACUACCCGGCGACGGACAUCUCCCUCGUGGCCGUCGGCAACGAGAUCAUCAACACGGCGGACAACGCCCUCAUCGGCGGCCUCGUCCCGGCCAUGCGCACCCUCAGGGCGGCGCUCGUCGCCGCCGGCUUCCGGCGCAUCCGCGUCUCGACGCCGCACUCCCUCGGCAUCCUGUCCGUCUCCUCGCCACCGUCGGCGAGCCGGUUCCUCGACGUCCUCGACCGCACCUUCUUCGCGCCGAUGCUGGAGUUCCUCCGCAAGACCAAGUCUCCGUUCGUCGUCAACCCGUACCCCUACUUCGGCUACAACGGCGACACGAUCCCGUACGCGCUGGCGCGGCGCCCCAACCCCGGCGUGCUCGACCCGGGCACGGGCAUCACCUACACCAGCAUGCUCGAGGCGCAGCUGGACUCGGUGUUCUCGGCGAUGAAGAAGCUGGGGUUCGAGGACGUGGACAUCACGGUGGGGGAGACCGGGUGGCCGACCAAGGCGGAGCCCGGACAAGCCGGCGUGAGCGUCGCCGAGGCGGCGGAGUACAACCGCUACCUCAUCGGAGAGGCCAGCUCGGGGUCGGGGACGCCGCUCAUGCCGAAGCGGACGUUCGAGACCUACAUCUUCGCGCUCUUCAACGAGAACCUCAAGCCGGGUCCCAUCGCCGAGCGCAACUUCGGCCUCUUCAAGCCCGACCUCACGCCCAUGUACGACGUCGGCCUCAUGAAAGACACGGGGAAGUCAUCAGCGUCGGCGCCGGCGCCGGCGAAGGGCGGCAAUGCCAGCGGCGCCGCCGUGACGAAGCGUGACUCGGAGUCGGAGGCCGCCGCGCCGGCUGAUGAGGCGAGUGCGCCCGCGCCGUCGUCGGUGGGGAAGAAGGUCUCCACGAAGGCCACCGCGCCGGCACCGUCGGACGACGGCUCGGCCUCGCCGGAGCCAUCGGAGGGCGAAUCGGCCGACGAGAAGAAUCCGGAGGAGGAGGAGGAGGAAGAGGGGGAUGAUGCCGCCGCGACGACGACGCCGGGGGGCGACGGCGACUCGCCGGAGACGGAAGCCGCGGGUGAUGAUGCUAAAGAGAGCGAGGGAAAAAACAACCCCCAUGGCCAUGGAGAUUCUUCAGAAGCUAUCAGUGUUAUGUUCUCUGUACCUUCCAUGCUUACAAUUGCUCUGUCUGCAAUACUUCUUCAUCUCUAACUUCUCCUCAACUCAUGGUGUAACAAUAGUGCAAAUACUAACAUUGGUUUUUGCCAAACACUGAAAAACUGCUUCUGUUAUUCUCCUC